CACCGAAGACUCAAGAUACCGCGAGAUUUUCUCCACGUAGUCUGGCGGGGAUGUUUCCAGGACAAUGUGGCAGGACUCCGCUGACAAAGCUUCGGCAAUGCCUGCUGGUACAUUCACCCAGAAGUACAGUUAUGGCAGAUAUCAGCAAAACAGAGAGGGUUCAGCUGCACGCCCCAGAUCUAGAGGAACUGCGGGGCGUAUUGCAAGCAGGACUGGAAAACAACUUUGCAGAGGUUCAGGUGAGUGUUGUGGACUGCCCAGAUCUCACCAAAGAACCAUUCCAGUUUCCUGUCAAAGGCUUGUGUGGCAGUCCUCGUAUUACUGAUGUUGGUGGUGUACCGUACCUGGUUCCCUUGGUUCAAAAGCACAAGGAAUACAACAUGAACACUGUAACAAAAGAGCUGGAGCUCCCGGGGGCUUUCAUCCUCGGUGCAGCAGCUGCGCCCUCCAGGAUUGUUGGAAUGAAUGCAGAGCUGAUGCCUCUGGUUCUGACAGAAGCGGAGGGAAGGCCUGCAGUGAACAGCAGUUACUUCUCCUCCAUUAAUCCGGCUGAUGGCCAGUGUCUGCAAGAAAAAUACAGUGACAAAUUCUCCGACUGUAACUUUGGACUGCUGGGCAAUCUUUAUGCUUGUGAAGGGAAGUCUGGAAAGGUCAUAGAGGUGCGGGCCAAGAAGAGAACAGGAGGCCACAGUCUUGUGACGGCCUUGAGGAAGACUCUUGAGGGCCACUACCCUGAUAAAAGCCUGGCUCUAGGAGGCACCUUCAUCAUCCAGAAAGGGAAAGCUAAAAUUCACAUCAUGCCAAGAAAGUUCUCAGUCUGCCCCCUCAACACCAACGAUGAGGUCAACAACUGGCUCAAGCACUUUGAAGUCAGCGCCCCACUUAUCUGCCAGUCAGUGCUCGUCUCCAGAGAUCCUGGUUUGGACCUGCGUGUGGAGCACACCCACUGCUUCAGCCACCACGGAGAAGGUGGCCACUACUACAUAGACACCACACCUGACAGCGUGGAAUACUUGGGCUACUUCAUGCCUGCGGAGUUCGUCUAUCGCAUCGACAGGCCCACAGAGACCCAUGGAGUGGGACGAGAUUGAAAAACUUAAUAAAUGUAUGAAUCAUGUUUGCCGCAUAGCAUCUUUUGAUAAUCUAAAUUUAUCAAGCAGUAUGUGAUUUAUAUUAGGUUCUAUGCAUUAUAAUACUCCUCAAAUAACUUACUACUUCUGUGAAUGAUUGCUCUUAAAUCACAUCUCUGUCUCUCAAAAAUUCUUCUACAUUUCUUAUAAACAAAAUCACUGCUUCUCGUGAAAUAAA